UACGUGAUUGGUGGGGGGAAAAUCAAGUUAUUCUGGCAACCAGGGUCGAUCAGCUGUGAGUCCGGGAGAAGCCCGGAGAGCUCGUGGAAACGGCUGGCAGUUAGAAGCGCUUAGACUACCGACAGCUCAGCUGAAACGACAGUAACCACCUUUGCGUCCUCGUCACAGCGCUCAUCAAAAAGUACUCAUCCAUCAUUUACACCAGAGCUUUAAUUAUUUUCAUAUUAAGUGGAUAUGGUUUUUAAGAGAAAUAAACAAGAGGUAAAUAAGGUAAGAGAGUGAAGCAUCACCGUGCGUCCUCGGCAACUUCUCAGUGCGCUUCAGGAUGGAAUUCAGUGGUUUACAGUCAGGGCAUCAGCACUGAACACAACGAGGACUUCACGUUUACCCCUGCAACGACAGAUAGAAUCUCAGAGCAUGGGUUGGAAAGGUAUCUACAGGCUUUUAAUGUCGUUUGUAUUGUGGAUAACCACUGUUGGUGGAGCGGAGCCUAAAGCCGAACCAACCACAGACUUUUCUCUCGCUCCUGCUAUGGGGGUGAUGGAGGGGGAACGCCAGAUCAUGACUGAAUCUCAGUAUAAAUGCCUGGAGCUGUUGAGCAGAGAUGGGCUACGCAAUAAAACAGUUUCCCACUGUAGCCGGUUUUGGGAUGGCUGGCUGUGCUGGGAUGAAACUCCUGCUGGAUCUUAUGCUUCUCAGAACUGUCCAGACUACCCCACUUUUGACAACUCAGAAAAAAUAACCAAAUAUUGUGAUGAAUCUGGUAAUUGGGCUUACAGCACAUCAAUAAAUAAUACCUGGUCUCAGUGUCUCAGCAUCUCAAAGAACAAAUCAAAGAAAGGGUCUGUUUAUGGUGACAUGGAGCCAGAGGCUGAGACCACAGCAGAAACACUCAUCAGUCCUGUGGAAACUCAGAAAGCAGAGGAGAGGAAGAAAAUCAUUGAUGGUCAAUAUAAAUGCUUUGAGAAAAUGAACAGAGACCCACCAUAUAACAAGUCAGGCCCGUACUGUAACCGGACAUGGGAUGGGUGGCUGUGUUGGGAUGAUACACCAGCAGGAGCUUAUACAUCUCAAAACUGCCCCAACUACUUCCCUGACUUUGACCCCACAGAAAAGGCCAUAAAAUAUUGUGAUGAGACUGGGAACUGGUUUCUACAUCCUGAGACAAACAGGACAUGGUCCAACUACACCCUCUGCAUUGCCUACACUAAGGACAAGUUAAAGAAUGCAUACAUUCUGUACUAUAUGGCAAUCGUGGGUCAUGCUUUGUCCAUUGCAUCCCUCCUCAUCUCUCUGGGAAUAUUCUUUUACUUCAGGAGUCUAAGCUGCCAAAGGAUCACCUUGCACAAGAAUCUCUUUUGCUCUUAUGUGCUCAAUUCAGCCUUCACUAUAAUCAACCUCACAUGUGUGGUCAGCAACCCUAAAGUGGUGGAGAGAAACCCGGUUGGUUGUAAGGUGCUACAGUUCUUCCACAUGUACAUACUGGGCUGUAACUAUUUCUGGAUGCUGUGUGAGGGCAUCUAUCUGCACACUCUUAUAGUGGUGGCGGUUUUCGCUGAAGAGCAGCACCUUCACUGGUAUUAUCUCUUAGGAUGGGGUUUUCCCCUGGUACCUGCCUCCAUCCAUGCAGUGGCAAGAAAAAAGUAUUUUGACGACAAUUGCUGGAUGAGCGUAGAGACCCAUCUGCUGUAUGUGGUUCAUGGACCCAUUGUAGCAGCUUUAGUAGUUAACCUGUUCUUUCUGCUGAACAUUGUGAGGGUUUUGGUGCUGAAGCUGAAGGAUACCCACCGUGCAGAGUCCAACAUGUAUAUGAAAGCAGUACGAGCCACUCUCAUUCUCGUGCCCUUGUUAGGAAUCCAAUUUGUCAUAUUUCCAUGGAGGCCAGAAAACCGUUUGGCUGGAGAAGUAUACGACUAUAUCAUGCACAUAUUACUGCAUUACCAGGGCUUGCUGGUGGCAACCAUAUUCUGCUUCUUCAACGGAGAGGUGCAGGCUACUCUGAAGAGGCAGUGGAUGCAGUACAAAGUGCAGUGGGGUCAGCGACGCCGAGAGCACUGGUCCAUGCGCUCCACUUCGUACACCACCACGUCCAUCACAGAGGUGCCUGCUUUCAUGUUCCACUAUGACAACAACAGUGAACACCUGAAUGGCAGGCAUGUCGAUGACUCAGCGUGAACAUGUGGUCUCAAGGUCAAACACACCUGUACCUGAGGCACAAAGCAUCAGAGAAAUAUGAGAAACUAUUUUUUUCAAAGAAUGCCAUAAGAAAGAAGGAAACAAAGGAAACUGGAGACUCUAUUACUAGAUCACAUGUACAGUCCUUGCAGAUUCUCCCAUCUCAGGGUGACAACAUGACACUCAGUACAUGUGUGUUGGCAGCAAUGUCUCACUAAGGUGAGUCCUGAAGUGUACACUACCAUUCAAAAGUUUGGAAUCAUCUGUUAUAUAUUCAACAUAUUAUAUUUACGAAAAACAUAUGCCAUAUAUCACACAGAAAUAUUUUUAAAGGUUUUAUAUAAUAUUUAAAAGAUUUUGGGAAAAACAAUGUUAUUAAAUGAUAAAUCAUAUACAGAAAGUAUUUGUGCUUAUACGACAGCAUUGUUGAAUUCUCAAAACUGGUUGGUCAAAAGGUGUUGAUUAAUUUUCUAUAACAGCAGCGCUGACAGUAGUCCCGGCUAUAAUUAAAAUCAUAGGAUUACAGAUAAAGAAUUUCUUUUUAAUAAUUUAGGAAAUUAACAAUUUUAAUCAUUAGGAAAUUGCUGUGAUACAGUUGUAAUCAAAAUUAUUCAACCCCCUUUGCAGAUCAGGUUUAUUAUCAAAAAUUAGACUUUCAGCUGUUUGCAAUGAACAAAUCAAACAAAAGCAACUGAAAUAGUUCAACACAAUGAAUGCUUCAAGUGGUUUCCCCAAAUUCAACUGAAAAUGCAACUUUUAAUGACUUCUCCAGUUUCAAAAUUAUUCAGCCCCUUCAUGGCAAGCAUCUUUAGUACUUAGUAGAGCACGCUUUUGCUGUUAUGACCUGCUGAACACGAGAUGCAUAGCUCCUGGCUGCGUUCCUGAGGGAUCUCAGCCCAUUCCUCAUGAGCAAUGGCCUUCAGUUCAGUAAUAUUCUUGGGUUUGCGUGCUGCAACCGCCUUCUUCAAAUCCCACCACAGAUUUUCUAUCAAGUCAGGUGACUGUGAUGGCCCUGUAGAAUCUUCGAGGACUUCUUCUGCAACCAAGACUUGGUGGAAUUUGAGGUAUGCUUGAGAUCAUUGUCCUGUUGGAAGGUCCAAUGACGCCCAAGCUUCAGCUUCUUCACAGACAGCAUGACAUUUUCUCUUAGGAUUUCCUGAUACUUUAAUGAAUCCAGCUUGCCUUCCACACACUGCAGGUUUCCAGUGCCUGAGGAUGCAAAGCAGCCCCAGAGCAUCACCGAGCCACCACCAUGCUUGACUGUGGACAGAGUGUUCUUUCUUCAUUCUUCUGCCUCCAGACAUACCGCUGAUCCAUCGUGCCGAAAAGUAGUUUCAUCGCUCCACAGAAUAUAAUCCCAAAACUUCUGUGGCUUAUUUAUGAUUUUGAGCCGACUUUACUUGUGCUUUUGGGUCAGUAGUGGUGUACAUCUUGGGGUUCUGGCAUGGAAACCGUCUGCGUUUAGUACGCGCCUUACUGUGCUCACGGAAACCUCAGCGCCUGUCACCACCAAGUUUUGCUGUAGGUCUUUUGCAGUCACUCGAGGGUUUUUCACAAUCUGACUUCUCAGAAAUCUGGUUGCAGCCGUUGAUAUCUUCCUUUUUCUGCCCCAUCCAGGUAUUUCAGACAUUUUGUACCCCUAGCCAGUUCAGGUAUUUCAUGUGUUCCAGCUCAAGCACACCUGAAGCCCUUGAUUAAUUGCAUCAGGUGGAGACAAUACCUAUUUUGCAUAUUUGUGCUGUUGUGAGGGAUCCUAUUCAGGGGUUUAAAUAAUUUUGAGACCGGAGGAAUCAUUAGUUGCAUUUUUAGUUGAAUUUGGGGAAAUCACUUGAAACAUUCGUUGUGUUGAACUAUUUCAAUUUGUUUGAUUUGUUCAUUGCAAACAGCUGAAAGUUUGUAAAUUUUGAUAACCCUGAUUUACAAUGGAGGUUGAAUAAUUUUAUUGCAACUGUAUAUGAGGAAUAAAACUCUUUGGGGCAUGCUUCUUUUGGAAAAUUAUCAACUUCAGGGUGGUAACAGUACCUCGGCUUAAUGUCAGACCACAUCACCCCACCCCAUCACUGAUUAUUUUCCUAUAACACCAUUCCCGUCAUGCUUUAUCCCUUCUCCUUGAGUUAUUAAGCUAUUUUUCUUAAUUAGCUAUAAUAAUAUAUUAAGCUCAGUAAUUCUUGAAUCUAGAUCAUUCUUGAUAUGCUAUUAUCUAAAUAUGUAUUCUGCAGAGUUUAGUUAUAACAUUCUUAAUGCCAUACAGGUUUCACAGACAUUUUGGUGCAAUCUACAGUGCUGUUCAUAAUUAUGGACAUAUAUACAUUUUCAUUUUUAAUUUACUACAAAUAAAUUGAAACUUAUGAAGCUAUUGAGUGGUAGCAUGAUAGUAAAAUUAUUUUAUAUUACUGAAAGUAUCAAUUCCAAAUUUUUGAAUAGUACUGUACAGUAAAUAUGUAUGUGAGGUGGUAUUCCUGAAGAAUGUGACAGAUUUUAGCUGCUAAUCCAUCCUAGAUCUUUUUGGACCUGCACUCACAAACACAAACGUUGCUUCACCGAAACCAAAGGGUGUGUCGGUUUUCUGGACGUCAAGAGGCCGAUAAGUUUAAGGCCGGUAAAUUGAAUGACUAAGAUGAUCCUCCAGAGGAUAUGGGCCACUUGGUAAAUGUCUUUAAAAAUGUUGAAAAGUUCCUCUGUGCCUACGUUCUGGAUUCCUGUGUAUAUAUAUACUCAUCAGGUUCAAUUUUAAAGUGUCAAAGUAUGUGGCGAGGAGUUUAUUUUUCUGAUGUGCGUGUGUUUUUUUUUUUUUUUUUUUUUUUUUUUUUUUUGUUUGUUGGUUUUUUGUUUUUUUUUUGUUUGUUUUUUUGCAGCUCAAAAUCACAUUGUCUGUGCUGUGAGACUUCUGACUUUCCUGUUUGUAGCAGCUGUGCUUUUUGCUGUCUGUGUCACAAGAGAGAAUAUAGAGGAAAUUUAUUUUUAGUAGUGUUUUAAAGCUGAUUUAUAAGCACAGAAUGCAAAUGCAUUCUAAAAACACAAAAAAUGAAAUUCUAAAUGAGUAUGUGGUAAAAAGCUCUUUGAGUUUCAUGUUUAAAGGUGCACUCUGUUUGAUCAAGGCCAAUGUUUUCCAAAAAGCUUCUCCAUCUGCAUUGAAAGUGAUGCAUAGUUUAUCAGGAAGGUAUGUCAUUGUAUAGAACUCAUCCAGCAUUUAACAUGAGAGCUGUGGGUUAGUUACUUUAUCCAGCUAUAUAUCAAGGCAUAUUGACUACAGUAUGUUUGAAUUUUUGUUCACAAUCUAAUGUUGAUUUCAUCUGACUUGCAAGUGUACUUUUUAUUUAAGAGUGAAGUUUAGCUUGUAUAUUUGCAUUGUCUUAUUGUGUUUUGAGAGUUUGAAACACUCGUGACGGGUCAAAUUUCUUUGUGAAUUCUGUCAGUAUACUGGACCUGAUAUUUACCAUGUAAAUGUUUAUAACUUAACAUGGUGUUGGUUUAUCAUGGUGUACAUACUGCCAGCAAGACAUGAUGCUUGUUUAAAGUACAGAUCAUAUUAUAAAGCAAAAGUUUUCUAAGACAUUCAUCUAAUGCCUAUUGCUUUUGCCAUUUCUGUUGACUAAAUGGACCGGCUAUCUGACUAUCAGACGUUCAGACUAACGGAUAUUGGACUUACUAUUGUGAUCUUUAAGUAGUUUAUUAAUCUCUUAAUGUUUUCUUUUAAUUAUUCAAGGUUGUACUUUAUCUCUGUCAUUGCCAUGAGUUCACAUACUGUACAUUUUUAAGUAUAAGACCCAUUUUAAUUGCUCUGAAUCAUCAAUACUUAAUGCAGUGAUUUAUUCAUAUAAUAACUAUAUAACAAAAUGAAUACAAUUUUGGAUAUAAAAUUUUAUCUUAAGUUUAAUAUAAUACUAUACACCCGAAUUCUUGAGAAGGAUGCUGUUUAGAUGGCUCAUGAGCUAAUACAACGGAUAUUAUUAUUAUUAUUAUUAUUAUUAUUAUUAUUAUUAUUAUUAUUUUUUAUAUAUAUAAAACUUUUGUUAUGGGCCCUGAUUUGCUAAUUAUUCCUGGUAGCCACAGUGAGUUCAGAUUUCAAAGAGAAACUGAAACUCAAGAAUAAUGUUGAUUAAAUGUGGUGACUCUGGGCAAAAAAUUUUGAAAUAUUAAAUAAAUAAAUAAAGUAUCAGUGGAAAUCAAGUAAUUUUGCACUUAAUUUUGCAUUUAACUUUUGUUUCCAUUAGAUGAAAACAAAAUUAUACUUUACAUUUACUAAGACUUAAUAAUGAGAAAAUGUACUGAAAAUAUUCCUUAAUAGAAUUAACAAAGUUUCUCAAAAUGAUGACGUGGCUUCAUAUAUUUUCACCCCACGUUCACACAUCUUUGCAUCCAACAGCAUGUAAACAUACUAAACAGUUAUUUUGCUCAUUUGAAAGACCCAAUACUCUGUAGAGCCUGAUAGUAAAUGACUUUGGUUUUUUUUUUGUUUUUUUUUUUUUU